CACCAAUAGAGAUGACGAUUGUGAUGAUGUUGGACUCAAACAAAAUGGUAAUUUGAGUAUGGCGGCUGCGAUCACAACGGCUAUUGGCUGGAGGAAGCAUCAUAAACCUCAAAGGAAGACGACAAAAAGGCCUAACUUCGACUAUGAAAAUGUAAAGUCAGAUCGGGAUUUUGUUCUCGAUAGCAAGGCAUUAGCUUACAGGCCGAGUUUGCUUCUUCCAGAUUUAUCCGAGGAUGGGAAAGCAUUUUUCAAUCUUGUCCAUAAUGGAGAUGUCAUUGACGUUAUUGAUUUCAUUUCCCAUCAAGAGAAUUUCGAUAUAAAUUGUCAAAACUACCAAGGAUUCACUGCACUCCAUAUUGCUGUUAACAAUGAAGAUGUUCCGAUGGUAGAAUAUUUUGCUCAGUUCGAUGAGAUCAAUAUUGGAGAUUGUGUUUUACAUGCUGUCCUAAUCGGCAACUGCCGAAUUAUGGAGAUUCUGCUGGAUAAAUUAAAGAACACCGAUCGUUCUGAAACCUAUUUGCCUGAUGACUACGAAAGCACAGAGUUCUCAGUUGACAUGACACCCCUGAUCUUAGCAGCCCAUCAACAGCAUUAUGAAUGUAUCAAGGUUUUGAUGAAGAGGGGUCAUCGGAUUGAAAAACCACAUUCUCCGAAAUGUUUCUGUGGAGAUGUUUGUCUAAAGCUGAAAGAAAGAGAAAGUCUUGUCGAAUCUAUUGCUCGUCUGAACUGCUACAAAGCACUGGCGAGUCCGGCAUACAUCUGCCAAUCAUCGGACGAUCCCAUCCUUACUGCAUUCGAACUAAGCCUUGAGCUCACCGAGUGUGCAUUUGUCGAAAAAGAAUUUCAUAAAGAUUAUACUGACCUAGCAGCUUCGGUAAAAAAAUUCCCCGUGCUUUUACUAGACCAAUGCCGUUCCACAGAAGAAGUUGAGGAACUUCUCGAGUGGUCAAAAGAUGGUAUAGAUGAGGGUGGCCAAACGUUACGUUUCCCAAGAUUGGACAAAGCCAUGGACUGCCAACAGAAGGAAUUCGUGGCGCACCACAGCUGUCAACAAGUUCUGCGUAUGGCCUGGGUUGGAAAAUGGAUAGAAUGGAAAGCUUAUAAUGAUCCACAGAAACUUGCGCAUGCGAUUUUUAGAAUAUUCACACUUCCACUCGCAUCAGUUUUUUAUCUUGUGGCACCAUAUACAAAGCUCGCCCAAUCCCUAAAAUCACCGAUGAACAAAUUCUUGUAUUACUCCGCCUCGUACAUGGCCUUCUUGGUCAUGUUGUUUAUUCAAAAUGAUCGGGAUAGAAUGGACUUCGUAAGGGGACCGCCGAAUACUGGUCUGGAAUGGGCAAUUGCAAUUUACGUCUUUGGUCUGCUCUGGAAAGAGAUCAAGCAAGUCUGGGGGGACGGAAUAAAGAAAUACCUCUCUCAGAAGUGGAAUUGGUACGACAUGAUAAUGAUGAUGGUCUUCCUUCUGACAUUCAUCCUCUGGGUCGUAGCUUAUCAUGACGUUCGUGUUAAUGGCAAUAAAUUCCUCGAACGUAAAUACUGGGAGAUGACAGACCCUACUCUCUUGGCGGAAUGCACUCUUGCCAUAGCCACCAUCAUGGCUUUCGGGAGGGUGCUUCAGUUCUUCCAAGUCAACAAUACCCUCGGUCCACUCCAAGUGUCUAUAAGUAAGAUGUUCAUUGAUGUCGGCAGAUUCUUGUGCAUCUUCUUCAUCGUGAUAUUUUCCUUCUCCACCGGCCUCAGCAAGUUGUAUACAUACUACGGUGGCCAACUUAUAAUUGACAGCAAUGGAAUAAAGAAACCUCAACUUGGUGCUUUUACAACAUUCACAGAUUCUGUCAAAACUUUAUUUUGGGCUAUAUUCGCAAUGUCGCCAAUAAAUGCUGCCGAUGUUGUCAUAUCUCCAUAUACCAAACAGGAUGGGAAUGAGACUAUCGUAUACAUCAACAAACACGAAAUUACUCAAACUGUUGGUGCUCUCAUGUUUGGUGCUUACCAUGUGAUUGCAAUCAUUGUAUUGCUCAACAUGCUGAUAGCCAUGAUGACCAAUUCCUACCAAAUGGUAUUUGAUAACGCAGACGUGGAGUGGAAAUUCGCUCGGACCGAAGUGUGGCAGAGCUUCCUCGAAGAGGGUGGGACACUCCCUCCUCCAUUUAACCUCAUUCCGAGUCCAAAAAGCUUCAGCAAAUUUGCCAAGUGGUUGGCUUUGAAAUGUUUAGGUAGGGAACAGGCUCACUGCUCUUUGUUGAAAUGUUGUUAUAUAGAUGACGAAAAUGCCAGAAGCUUGGAAAGUAAAAGGGAAAGCUACCAACUGUUGAUGAGCAAACUGAUUCAACGUUACCUUGGCCAUAAGAAGAUCGCCGAAAAUAAACAGGAACACAACGACGUUGACACCUCCACUGUGCAUGAUAAUAUUCAUCAAGAGCUGAAAGAACUGAAGCAAAUGUUGAAACGAUUUAUGGGUGAAAACACGACGAGGAGUUCGAAAACUAACUUAAGGAGCGAUAGAGAGUCUAGUCCUAAUUCUAGUACAGGCUCUCUUAUCGAAGUAUUUUUAUGAAUGAUUCGAACAUGACAAAUACGACUUUCUUAGGAUCAGUGGAUUUAACUCGAGCAUAAAAUCGUUCUCGAUUAUAAAAUCGUUCUCGAUUUACGUCAUUCGUAAAUAUGAGUAUUGCAUGUAAAAAUAAUUUGUAACCCCCCCCCCCCUUAAUUUAAAUACAGAGGCAAACACAUGAAUAUUGUUCAAUACAUCAAAUAAAUAAUAGUUUGUUUACAUGGUGAGCUAUUGCAAUCAUUCACUCAUCUGUCAAUCCGUCUAUCCGUCCGUCUGUGUCUGUCAACAAUAGUGACACAUAGAUAAUGCACAUAAUUUCAUAAUUGCCGUUUCAAGGAUAGGUUUUGAUAUGGUGAACAAUGUUUUUGUAAAUUACACGGUAUUUUAUGUAAUGAUGACUGAUUGGCAACAAUUUAAUGCGAA